UCACCACAUUCUAAAGCCAGACAACAAGAACCGAAAACGACACCGUUUUACCUUCAGAUAAUAAAACUCCUCUUUUCCCGCAGAUGCAGAAUUGAUCUUCCCUGAUACCAAAUCCAGAAAAAAAAUCCACCAUUUUUUACCCAGCUGUGUUUCCUUUUUCAUUCCUUACAGCAAUUUCAAUUUAUUGAAUGUUUCGAUCCAUUUAAUUUAUUGACCAUGAUGGAUUGAUCGGCGCUAUCUAGGGUUUUGUUUUUUCUGAUUUUCUUCCAUUUUCGGUGCCCGACAUCGUGAUUUUUCACCUCUAAUUUGUGUAAUUAAUUCUAAGGGAAGGAAAAAUGACUUCAGCUUUUGAUAGAUGGGAAAAAGAUCCGUUUUUUUCUGCUGCGGAGGAAGUCCAGGAAUCUGCCGACAGGAUGGAAUCGACUUAUAGAACAUGGCUUCAUGCAUCGAAGGAUGCCGCCAGCGCUUGGAAUAUGGAGGAGCUACGAAGAGAUCUCCAAACGACACUCGGCACCGCCAAGUGGCAGUUGGAAGAAUUCGGUCGGGCCGUGAGAUCGAGUUACAGUACUAGUACUACUGCGGUCGACGAUUCAAAAGAUAGGCAUAGGGAUUUCAUAGUUGCAAUCGAGAAUCAAAUAGCGAAAGUCGAGAGAUCCUUGAACGAAUCCGCAGUAUCGCGAGGCAAGCCGCCAUUGCCUUGGGUGAGAUUAGACGAAGGAGAGAGAAACGAGCUAGCGUUGUUUCUUUCGGGGCCGUCUUCCGUAAAUAGAAACUUAGGAGUGAAUAAUAAUAACAACUCAGAAGAGGCUGACCGGUUAACUCUAAACGAGUGUUCGAGGAGUUCUUCUCAUUUGGUUGAGUUAGGUGAAGUGGAGUGUAAAGAGGAGAAGUUUCCGCUGCCAGGUCAUCGUAGGACAGCUAGCGCAGGUGCCGAUAUUGGCUCGUGGAAAAUAAUGCUGCCUUUUGAUAUUCUGCCGCACGAUUCGUCAUGUGUAAAUACCGAUAAGCCCCCGCGAAAGGUACCUAGUUUUUCGGGGUUUUUAAAUACGAUGGAAUCUUCCAUGGCUCAGUUGAAGUGGCCGAAGAAUGGUUACAAGAAAUUAAAGGUUACCGACCGGCCAAAAGAAGCUGAUACUAUUUUACCCCGGGCUCCGAAUUUGACUAGAGGCGUUGAAAUAUGCUAUGAGAAGAAUAAAAGUUGCCUUGAUGGUUGUGAUGAUUACGACAAGCAUUUGUACGGUUGGUAUGGAACGAUCCAGAGGCAGCUUCAGAGGUCGCAGUAUCAUAUGCAAUAUAGUCGGCCUGUUCAAGUCGUUUUCUCCAUUAUUCUCCUGCUUUGCUUGCUCGUUUUAUUGGUUUUUCGUGCAAUCUGAGGGGAGCGUGUUCUUUAUUCCGAUUCGGCAACUUGUGAAAUGAAAUGGAGUAGGAAAAGUUGCUCGAUUAUUAUUCUUUAUGUAGGAAUUUAUUCCGUCUUUAUAGAAAUGAUUUUGUCUAGUGGUAGCUGACAAGGUUUAUCGUACUACUGCCUUUUUGAGCUGCCGUUGUACCAUGCUGUUGUAAUUUUAUUUUAUUUUGGUAGUUUUGAUCUUCUUUUGUAGUGGCUUCUUCGACUCUAGAGAUUUAUUUUCGCUCAUUGCCCGUUUUUGUUGUCUUGUUGACUUUAUGUAUGGAUCACAAAAAUUGUAUAUGUAUAUUGAUGUACAAUAGCUAGAUACCGAUAUGUUUGAUGAUCUAGAAUACGUCGAGUG